AUGGCUCAAAAGGCCAUCUGUGAUAUUUUGGACAAUUCCUAUUCAAUUCUUGAUGAAGUCAAAGACUACUGUGUCAGUAACCUUAAGGGUCGCCAGAACGGCAGAAAACACAUUAAAUAUUUCACCAAACAAAUUGCUAAAGUCAUCACCAUGGCUAAAGCCACUUUACGCGAACACACAUUUUCCAAGGUAAUGGAAGAAAAACUGGCUCUCUUGCUCACCAGGGAAGACCUACUCCAAAUCGUAUCCUCUGAAGCAGAAAAAACCAAGAAGAUUCUAGCAGAUCUCAAACAGGCAAAAGAGCAACGUGAGGCUGCUCCCAACCAUUCGUACAGCACCAUCCUAAAAUCCAGCCUUACCAUUAAUCCCUCCCAAAGAAAUAAAACAACUAAACAAAAUAAAGAUGACCUUCUGAUAAAUCAAAAGAACAAAGAUAAGAGCAGCGACAACACCCGAAAAAUCAUCCAGCGAAAAAUACAACCAUCCAAACUGGGAAUUGGGGUUCAGCGCAUGAGGCAUAUAGGCUCCGGAGAGAUAGCCAUAGACUUGGACAACAAACAAGAUAUCGAAAAACUUGAGAAAACAAUAGAAGAAAAUAUUCCAGAAUUACACACAGGAAGGCCCAGAAAAAGGUACCCACACAUCAUCAUCUACUCCGUGAACAGACACAUAGACCGCAAUGAUCUAUCCAACAUGAUUUAUGAGCAAAACAGUGUAAUAAAUUACAACUACGGCGCUGAAGAACUUAGUGAACACUUCAAGAUUAAGUUCAAUGUUGGAAACCGUGAGGGUCAAUACUGUAACUGGGUUGUGGAGGUGACUCCAAAACUGAGACAGCAACUUCUUGUCGCAGAAAAACCAAACGUAGAAUGGUCACGCUGCAGAGUGGCCGACUUUGUUCCUAUUCUACAAUGUUAUAAAUGCUGCAGAUACGGGCGCUCAACAAAGAGCUGUGCACACGAAACACCCAUCUGUAGCCACUGUGCCGAAGAACACACAUACAGAGAGUGUCCAAACCGAAAUAAUACCCCAAAAUGCAUAAAUUUUCAUUAUGAAAAAGCUAACAAAACCUCAGAUAACGCAUGGGAUGGUUCCUGUCCUGUUUUCCAGCAUGUCAAAAAUAACAUCAUCGACUGCACUUAUUAUGGGUCCUAA